AGAAAGAGGGAAUCACUAUUCAAGGGUACUGUAUAUACAAUCUGGGUCAGCUGCAGCUGGUUACGCAUUUCUCUAUGUGGCAGACAGAGCAAAGCCACAAUGCUUUCUCUGCUGGAUUAAAGACAGCCCACAGACCAGAACUUCCACUCCACUACUUAAAAUUACAUAGGUGGCUUGUCAAAUUCAAUUGAUUAGUGUCGUAAGAAGAAAAAGAAGUUCCUUAUUACAGCUUGGAGACAACGGUCCAAAACAAAAAUGCAGUUGCCAUUAAAGUCACAGACGAACAAACUUCUACACUGACUUUUAAAGGCAAGAAUAAGAGCGGCAAGUUUCUGGGUUUGCUUAAUCAACAGAUGCAAAAAGACGUCAUACAACCUCCUUUCAACAUGAAGGCGGUUAUCUGGACUCUGAGUGUGCUUCUCUUCCUACUGAUGGGCCCUGGACCCUGCAGAGGAGGACAGUUCAAAAUAAAAAAGCCAGCCCAGAGGAGAUACGCGCGGGCCACAGAUGGUAAAGAGGAAGUGAAGAAAUGCGCAUACACGUUCCUGGUGCCUGAACAGAAAAUAACGGGGCCGAUCUGUGUCAACACCAAAGGGCAAGAUGCAGGUGCCAUCAAAGACAUGAUCACCAGGAUGGACCUGGAGAACCUCAGGGACGUGCUCGCCAAGCAGAAGCGGGAGAUAGACGUCCUGCAGCUGGUGGUGGACGUGGACGGGAACAUUGUCAACGAGGUCAAGCUGCUGCGGAAGGAAAGCCGCAAUAUGAACUCGCGUGUCACCCAACUCUACAUGCAACUGCUACACGAGAUUAUCCGCAAGAGGGACAAUUCGCUGGAGCUUUCCCAGCUGGAAAAUAAAGUCCUCAACAUCACCACAGAAAUGCUGAGGAUGGCCACACGGUACCGGGACCUGGAGGUGAAAUACGCAUCCCUGACCGACCUGGUCAAUAACCAGUCCGUGACGAUCACCUUGCUGGAAGAGCAGUGCAUGAGGCUCUUUUCCCGACAGGACCCCCAGGCGUCUCCCCCUCUUGUCCAGGUAGUGCCACACCACAUCCCUACCAGUCACCACUACACCCCUGGUCUGCUGGGGGGCAACGAGAUCCAGAGGGAUCCCGGCUAUCCCAGAGAUGUCAUGCCACCACCCGAUCUGGCCACUUCUCCCACCAAGAGCCCUUUCAAGAUACCACCACUAACUUUCAUCAAUGAAGGACCAUUCAAAGACUGUCAGCAUGCAAAAGACGCUGGACAUUCCAUCAGUGGGAUUUACAUGAUUAAACCUGAAAACAGCAAUGGGCCAGUGCAGUUAUGGUGUGAGAACAGUUUGGAUCCUGGGGGUUGGACUGUUAUUCAGAAAAGAACAGAUGGCUCUGUCAACUUCUUCAGAAACUGGGACAACUAUAAGAAAGGGUUUGGGAACAUUGAUGGAGAAUAUUGGCUUGGAUUGGAAAAUAUCUAUAUGCUUAGCAAUCAAGAUAAUUACAAGCUGCUGAUUGAAUUAGAAGACUGGAGCGAUAAAAAAGUCUAUGCAGAAUACAGCAGCUUUCGCCUGGAGCCUGAAAGUGAAUUCUAUCGGCUGCGCCUGGGCACUUACCAGGGAAACGCAGGGGAUUCCAUGAUGUGGCACAAUGGUAAACAGUUCACCACACUGGACAGAGAUAAAGAUAUGUAUACAGGAAACUGCGCCCACUUUCAUAAAGGAGGAUGGUGGUACAACGCCUGCGCACACUCUAACCUGAAUGGAGUAUGGUACAGAGGCGGCCAUUACAGAAGCAAGUACCAGGAUGGUAUCUUUUGGGCUGAAUACCGAGGGGGGUCCUACUCCCUGAGAGCAGUUCAGAUGAUGAUCAAGCCUAUUGACUAAAGGGAGACAGUCUACAACUUAAACAGAACUCUGUAUUUUCCAGUUUCUCAAAAUGUAAAUGUUACAUGUAUAUUGUUUUGCACAAUUCAUUUCUACAGAUAGUUUUUAAAAUGUUUUUUACCAUAACUAUAAAAGGGGAUUUAUGAAUAUAGUUUCAUCUUCCCUUAAUAUCCUGCAGAAGAUCAUUACUAUCCAUAAUCCUAGUUAUUUUAAAAAUUAUAUUUACCAAAUACAGGCAAAGUUUGUUUUCUAAAAUGUAAAUAUUUGCCACAAUGUAAAACAAAUCUUAGCUUUAUUUUAAAUCAGAAUUGAACACAUGUUCAAGAUCCCUAACAAUUUAUUUAAAAACUUUAUAUGAGAUUGUUCUAAUUUUCAAUGGAAAAAUAGUUUUAAGAUUUGAGCUAAGUAAUACAUUUUAUUUAUAAAAUUAUAGACAGGAAAUUAGAGAAAACUCUAGUUUUGCCAAUAGAAAAUACAUUUUGCAUUGAAUAAAAGUUAUUUUAAAUUGAA